AUGCCUCCUGUGUCAGAGAGCGACACCAACAAGAUGAGUCAGAAAGCUAGUGCCCGAGCAGACGGCAAGCGCAAACGCGUCGAGAUCGAUCUUACCGCAAGCGACGAUGAUCUGGACGCUCCAGCGAAGAUGCCCAAGAAUGCAUCGGAGCAGAAUGCUCGCAAUCGUGGCCGAAUGGAUCAGCCUGGCGUCACGGGAGCCAGAGUACCAUACGCCACGCCGCCAACGAGUAGUGCUUCGAGGGGCCGAUAUGAGAGCGUGAAUGGUACUCCAAGCAGCUCUCUCCAGCAGCACAGCCAACCGGAACGUGACUCAUGGCAGCAGCAUGGCAUCACUGAGGAUGAUUUCAACGAGAUUAUAAGUUCUUCGCAACAGGAUACUGACUACCUACAUCAAUACGGCGAGCUGGCGACAAAAGUCGUCGGGGUGCAGUACUACCGGGGCUACGCAAAUUCCGGAGAGCAGAUUCUUAUAAGAAGAGAACCUAGCAAUCCGUACGACAGCAAUGCCAUCCGGGUCGACGAUGUCCAAGGAACUCAGAUUGGCCACAUUCCCAGAGGAAUGGCUUCGAAGCUCGCCAAAUACCUCGACAACCGCUGGCUCCAUCUUGAGGGCCAGCUGGCUGGUGAGAUCGGUCAAUUCGACUGCCCACUGACAGUGCAGAUGUACGGGCCCGAUCCGAACUCGGAUGAAGGCAAGAGGCUCCGGGGUAGAAUGGGCGCAGACAAGUUGUCCACCAAGACCGUUCAGGACGCCGAGAAGCGCCGCAGAGAAGAAGAGAAAGAACGUCUCGCUGCUGCAAGGCGAGCUGCUGCUAUGGCUCCCGGAAAGUAUUCGAGUCAAUCUGCUCCUGCAGGUGGUAGUCAACAGCAAUUUGAUAUGUCUGCCCUACUGGAGGCGUCACAGCGCGUCAACCCACGGGAGAUCAAUGAAGCCACCGACAAGCUUGGUUUCUCCGAGCAAGAGCUUAUGGACAUGCCGCAAGCGCCCAAGCCAGGCGGAAUCCAGACAAACAUGUUGCCAUAUCAGCUGCAAGCACUUCAAUGGCUCCUUGACCAAGAGAAUCCACGACAGCCAGGAUCUAGUGCAAGGGACUCUGUGCAGCUGUGGACAAAGACUCAAAAUCGCUACACCAACUUGGCCACCAACUUCACAACGGGAACUGCUCCUCAACUCGCCAGUGGAGGUAUUCUGGCGGAUGAUAUGGGACUGGGCAAGACGCUGGAGAUGAUAUCGCUCAUUGUGGCAGAUGCUGAGAAGUCUGGUCGCGGCACCACUCUCAUCGUGGCGCCUCUGUCGGUCAUGAGCAAUUGGUCGGGACAGAUUUCAAGCCACGUCAAGGAGAACCACAUGCUCAGCGUAUAUACUUACCACGCCGCUGGCCGUGUCGACAUGAAAGCGGCGGAUUUCGAGAAGCACGAUGUCGUGCUGACUACAUAUCAGACACUUACGGCAGACUACAUGCCAAGGGGAAGCUCCAAGACGCCAGAGGCGAAGUUGCGCAGUAAAGGCCUCUACAGCGUUGCAUGGCGGCGAGUGAUCCUGGACGAAGGACAUACGGUCCGCAAUGCGAAGUCGAAGGGCACUUUAGCCGUAACCGCCCUGACAGCGCGGUCUCGCUGGGUCUUGACCGGCACACCGAUUGUGAACAGCCUCGGCGACCUGUUUUCGCUGCUCCGUUUCAUCCAAAUCACCGGCGGCCUGGAGCAGUCAGAGAUGUUCAGUCGUGUGCUCACGCGGCCUUACAACAAGGGCCAGGAGAGUGCUGUUGUCCUACUGAAGCUCAUCAUGAAAGCCUUCACUUUGAGACGUCGUAAAGACGUGGACUUCAUCGACUUGAAGCUACCAGUUCUGGACGAGUUUGUGCAACGCAUCGACUUCACGCAGAAGGAGCGCGAACGCUACGAGGCCUUGAAUCAAGAAGCUCAUGGCCUGGUGAAGAAGUAUGAGAAAUCCUCGAACAACGGAACAAAGAAUGCCACCGACGCGUACCAACAUCUACUGGAGGUGCUUUUGCGCAUGCGACAGUGCUGCAAUCACUGGCAGAUGUGCGGCGAACGAGUGACCAAGUUGAUGGCUCAAUUACAGGAGGCCAAGACUGUGGAUCUGAAUGACGAGAACAAGAAGGCGCUACAACAUGUGUUACAAGUGCAGAUUGAGUCUCAGGAAGAUUGUGCGAUUUGUCUGGAGACGCUGCACAACCCAGUGAUUACCACUUGCGGUCAUUUCUUUGGUAUGGAGUGCAUCUCCAAAGUCAUCGAAACGCAGCACAAGUGUCCUAUGUGUCGAGCCGAGCUGAAGGACGAGUCUGUCCUAGUGUCUCCCGCCGUCGAGGGCGGCGAGCAAGCGCAGGACGAUGACCUCGACCUAGCACAGUCCUCCAGCAAACUCGAGAGGCUUGUGAAUAUACUGGGCGCCACGAGGGAGGGUAAGGCGGCCGGCAAGACGGUCAUAUUUUCGCAGUGGACGAGAUUCCUGGACAUUGUGCAAGCGCGCAUUGAAAAGGAGGGAUACAAGUUCUGUCGGUUGGAUGGGUAUGGAGAAGCCGUGAUGCAAGGAAUGGUACAAUUCUGUCUCGGCUGCUGACCUCUGGAUAGUACGAUGUCGGCCAAGAAUCGCGAUGAUUGCCUGCGUGCGCUUGAGCAAGAUGACGAGACGACCGUCAUGUUGGCGUCUUUGCAAGUGUGUGCAGUCGGACUGAACCUGACCGCGGCAAACAAUGUAAGCCACCCUACCCGGAUCUUCGCAGCAAGAUUGUUGCAACACGGAGCCAUGGGCUGACAGUAGUGGCUAGGUGAUACUUGCGGAUACCUGUAAGAGCGUGGCAUGCCUAAUGAUCCUGUGAAUGGCUAACAGUGCGUAUCAGGGUGGGCACCGGCCAUUGAGGACCAAGCCGUUGAUCGCGUGCACCGUUUAGGACAGAAGAAGCAAUGCAGGUACGUAACAGGAGUGGGAAGUCCAUCGAGUGAUGCUGUGAUCUGCCGGGAGGUCUGUCCACAUCGGAAGUCUGAUCUAAGUUGCAUCGUUCGCAGGGUCUUCCGGCUGGUGAUGGAUGGGACGAUCGAAGAGCGCACGCUAGAGGUGCAGGCGGAAAAGCGGAAACUGGUGAGUGGUGCUCGCAAGCGUGUGGUGUCUGUCGAGAAGAUGGAAUGCUAACGCGAAUCAUGGCAGAUGAGAAUCGCCUUCUCGGAGAAGGGCAGCAAGAGGGACAAGGCUCGCAGCGGAAGAUUGGGGGACAUCAAGAAGCUGCUGGCCUAA